AUGGAUUUUCAUACAGAAGACGGCGAUUACAACGAUGAUUUAUAUUCAAUGCAGGAUGGAAUAGAUCAUACUUUUGGUGAUAGUCUGUUCGAUGACCAACAUCAUGGAAUUGAUAAAAAUCCAAUAGAAGAUUGUUAUAUUUAUGAUUAUAUUGAUCUAGAUGCAAACGUUUUAGGUGAUAUUUCAAUUGAAGACAAGACAUUGGGUGUAUUUGAUGAUAAUCAAUCUAAUGAUAAUCAUCAGCAUGUGAUUAUUAAUGGAAAACAGUAUUGGAUUCCAAAGGCCCCUGAUGAAGUUAAGCCAAAACUUAAAGGUCAUUACAGGUCCUAUGAAGAUAUAACAGAUAUGUAUUACAAGUAUGCUCUUGCAGCAAGUUUUGAUGUUAGAAAAACGACAAAUGGGAAAAAUGGGCAUGGUAUUAUUAGAUUGAGAUACCUCGUGUGUAACAGACAAGGUCUUCCUAAUACAGGUCAUGUUGAUACAUUGAACCCAAACAGAAGUAAGAUAAAAAGAAAGACUGAUAGUCGAAGGACUGGAUGCAAUGCUUGUAUCAGAUUUAGGAUGAUAAAAGGAAGCUCUACAUGUCUUUCUAAUCAGAACGUUUGUGCCACCCAAGCUCACAGGCUAUUUACUGCUAUUAAUGGUGGAUACAAUAUUAUUGGAGGCACUGUUGAUGAUUUUAAAAUUUUGAUGAGGGAUCUUAAUUGCUUUAUAGGUGGAACUGAUGCUCAAAUGUUAGUCGAUAAGAUGACAAACAGAACAAAAAAUGUUCCUAAUUUUUCAUUCGAUUUCAGAGUAGAAAAUAAGCAACUCAACGCUAUGUUUUGGGCUGACGAGACCUCAAAGAUAAAUUAUAAAGAAUUUGGUGAUGUUGUCUCCUUUGAUGCCACAUUCCGAACAAACAGGUAUGACAUGGUAUUUGUUCCUUUCACUGGAAUCGACAAUCACAAAAAGUGUGUUACUUUUGGUGCUGGAUUGCAUAGCAAAGAGGAUAUCGACUCAUACACAUGGUUGUUGAAAUCUUUUCUUAAAGCCUUUGGUAAACAACCAAUAUUGGUAUCGUUGGAUAUUGUCAACGACGAGGAAUUUAAGUUACUGUUCAACUCCUUGAUAUGGAAUACUAAGCUUGAAGAGAAAGAUUUCGAACAGGGAUGGCAAGCACUAUUGGAUGAAUAUGAUCUUAACGAUAAUACUUGGUUAAGUAGAAUGUACAACUUGAGACAUUCAUGGAUUCCUGCAUUUUUCAAAAGAGUCCCUAUGUCAGGUCUCAUGAGAACAACAUCUCGUUCUGAGAGUCAAAACUCAGUCUUUCAUCAAAACACUCAUUAUGGAUCAACUUUAGUAAACUUUAUGAAUUUGUUUGAAUUUGCCAUGGAGAAGCAACGUUAUACUCAAUCCUCUUUGGACUUCAAAAAAAAGACAAAUUCCCUAAAAUGA